AUGUCGAUUUCACGGAUGAAACUUUCGGUGAACAACAUCCCGAAAUCGCUUUUCCCAGCGCUCAAGCAGGGUUUGGAUAUGAUCGUACAUGAAGGGCCUUUGAUUAAAGUUCCCAUUGCUGGCAUCAAUGUUCGCGUCCAGGAUGGAGCAACGCACGCAGUUGAUUCUACUGAAAUUGCCAUGCAACAUAUGCAAAAUAUGCAUGCGGAAGGUAUCUGGGCAUUAUACACUGCUGAUUUUUCAAAGCUGGAAGAUCAGCGUUUGUGCGCAGCUAAACUGCCAUUUGCAGUGUUCAAGAUGGUUCAAUGCGCUAUUUGUGGAGCAGGUUUGGCAUCUAAGACUGCGAAAAGAUCGUUCUAUGGGAAGAACCAGAACGCUGUGAUGCUAAUGUCCCUCGCAUUUGCCGGAUACAUAGAAGUUGAGCGUGCUCGAAAUCUUGUAGAGCCAGCCAUGGAACGAAAAGUUUAUUUAUGUGAUGAACAUAUUGUGCAGGCGGAAGAAGUGCAAGUUCAGGGUAUCGCUAGCGUUACACCUCUUGAUGUUAGCAGGUUCAUGAACGACGCACUGAAACUUUACUACUCACAGAACUUUGGAAGGACUUACGUAGGUCAGGACGUCUUCCACGAAUGUGAAACUAUAACCGAUGUCUGGGGAGCAGCUGAGAUGGAGGAGGGUUUCAAGGGGGCUACACCCAUUGCAGCAGAGGACACAUCCUCACAUUCCUCUCGACUGAUUGAAGAGCAGAUGGAUGGUGAAAUAGGGAUCGUGGUGGGACAGGGUAGCGAUGAAAACGAUGAUACUGCGUCUGAUGAGAGCUUUGAGGUUACGGAGGAAGAGUCCACGACCACCGACCCUGAUUAUGAGCCAAAUGGCGAAGAUUUGGACUGUGAAACGGAGGAUCUAGAAGAUACGGAUGACACCUUGUUGGGCAAAUUUUUCUUGGACUCAGGUGCAGCCCAACCAUAG